CUCUUGUGACAAGAAGGGGAGGCGCGGUCGGGCGGAGCUCCCGGGCAGAUGUGUCAGACUGCCUAAAUUUAUGCGAGAAGCAUGGAGGUAGCUCACGGCAGGGGCUACUGCUGCAGGGAUCUUGAAGGAGCUGACAUCCUGUCAGACACCUUUUACUCUAACCAGCUGCACACUCCGCUGGAAAUAACUACUCGCCCAACCGCUUCAGAAGACAGGUAUCAGGAGCUGCGGGAAUCAUGGCCACAGUGCAGGCUUCCAUGGGGUGCUGAAAGGGAAUAUGGUGGCAUUAUCCCAGUUGCUCUUCCUGAAGAACACAGGCCAAAAUGCGAGCCUCCCAGUGUCAUGGGCAAAGGACAUCAGCAUUAUGGAUUUGGAGGAGAGAUCUGGCCAAAAAACCUUCCUAUUGAGCAGUUCUACUAUCUGACACAGAACAAGAAAAGUGAUGUCUAUGGAAACGAUUCUUUGUUACCCAAACCACCUAAUUCAACAGUAGGAGAAAUCUGCUCACCAUAUCCAAUUGAACAUCCCUACCAUACACAUACAAGCCGCGGUGCCAUGUUUCCGACCUUCACCUCACCUAAGGACCUCUACACUGGCAUUAAAGCCCGCACGCAGCAGCCUUUCCCUCCUACAGUGCCAACCAAGGCCUAUGACACAACCGUUUUGAAGACAAGAGGUAACCCUUACAGAUACGAACUGCUUGAUUUCCCCAUGGAUUCAAAGAAAAAAGCACUGACUUGGCCAGGUCAGGGUGUAUAUUAUGAUUUUCCUAAAUGUGUUGAGAAAAACAAGCCAGUAUUCUACCCCAAACCUCCUAAAACCUUUGCUCCUAACACAUCUUUGAAUCCAUGGGAUGCUGUGGACUCUGCAAAGGAAGCCAAUAUACAAAGAAAUCUUGAGAAAUCCCACUGGAUCACUUCAUACGCUCAUGACUUUACAGGUCUAGGGCCCAUGAGCCCCCUUGAGCUGGAUGAUUACCAUGAAAAAGAGGUAGCAGAGCUAACUGGACAGAUAGGAUUUGACCCACAGCCUCAAGAAAAAUUCCAUCCUGCCUUAAAACCUCCCAGGCCUUUGGAAGGUCGAAUUGCCCGACUUAUUCAGAACCAGCGACCUCUGGAGGCUAUGGUGCAGCAAGGACCACCUUCCUGUCCAGAUUGUACCCCUAGGGUUUUGUGUGCUUUUCAUACAUUCAUACCCAGUACUACAGAAGUGAUGGCAAUGAAUGAUAACCUCCUCCCCGGAAUUACUCAUAAAAACCAGGAUAUUGAAGAGAAGAUUAAGGAAGAACAAGGCUUGAUGUCUACCUAUACACUCCCAACUCGUUGUCCAAGAAAAGAGAUGAGUAGUCUUUUUGACCUAACAUCACUUCCAAAGAUCACAGACACUAAAAAGACAGAUGACUUGUACUGGAGACAGUUGGAAGUGAAACCGCUACCCGUAUCCCACUCUAAGUCAAACCAUUACAUUGACUACGAACCACUUAAAUCUGCUUUCCGUGAUCCAUAUACUACUUGUCAGAACGCUGUUCGCCUCAGUAAGUCUAAUAUUCUUUGUAACAAAACAGAUAUGGAUGAUUUCGCUUUUGACAACUUUAUAAGUAAGCCAGAGUUUUUGGGCAUGGACAUGGAAAGCAAUGAAGAAACAAGACCUAUUUUGGGAUGGAUUCCUAACGCUGGAGUACCCAACCCUCAGACCAACCUACUUGAUCUUAGGAAUUCAUUUUCAAAGUCCAUGACACAGAAGCAUUUUCAUGACUCCAUCCAAGAAGAACAAAAAGAUCUCAGGGAUAAAAUAAACUGCGGGAUGAGACAUCAAUUCUAUGGCCACAAUGCCCAUUAUUUCUAUAACUGAGAUAUUGUCUCUUCCUUCAAAACCAAGUCUCUUGCAAGAAAAUAAAAUAUGUCACAGAAUGCCCUGCAUUUGGCUGGAUUCUGUUUCUGUAUUGAGCCAUGUUGACAUUAAUGAGCCUUGUGUUUUAAGAAAUUAAGUUAGGGUCUGGUCAGAGGGACCAAAAUAAUGUCCUGACUUCUCAAAACAUUUAACAGUUUGUCAACAAAAUAUCAGAGCCAGAAAAAAAUUAAGUCUUUAGUCUCAUCUUUAAAUUAUACUCUGAAGAAGUUUCCCAAAAUCAGGAAAAUCAAUGUAUAGACAAAAUGUACAUCAUCAUUU